UAAAUUUCUCCUUCCAUUUUUAGCUUCAUAUAUUUCUCUCUCUUGGACCAAAAACUGUUCUUUUCCUCUCUUUUUCCUCUUUAUCUCUGAAAAUUACACAACAUAUUGCAACCUUGUAGUUUUUGGGUUGGUGGGUUUUUUGAUUCUUUGAGUCUGAAGUCAACAACUGAGUUCAAAGGAGCUGUUAAAGGCUAAAGAUCUACCAGUUCCCAGAUCCGGGUGAUUAUUACAAUGGUAGCGAAUUGAAAGCACUGAACGUGGGAUUGAGUAUGGCUGUUGCUGGCUUGCAUAAUAUUUCUGCAUUUGGUUCUUCUUUAUUUAUAGAGUCUCAGUCCUCGGUGUCGAGGCAACGGGGUGAACAUGAUAGGCCGAGAACCCGGGCUUCAUCUAUUCUUCAAAUGUGGAGGGAGCUUGAGGGUGAGCACGUGGUGAGUAAUUCCUAUGCCCCUACUGGAGAUAGGCAAAUACCACAGAGGAGUGAUGUUGAGAAUUUUGACUGUGACGAGAAUCAAAGGUGUAUAUAUCAAAGCCAUAUCGAGCUGGACAACUACUUUGAUGAUGGCCGAAGUGUUAGUUCUGAUCAAUAUAGUGAUUUUGGGGAGGCUGAACGCGAAAGAGUUAGGCAGAUUAUUCAGGAGUGGAUGAACGCUGGUGGAAAGAGCCAUUCACAGUCAUUGAAUGCCUCACAUGUGAACAACUGUUCUGAGGCACAGUGUUUAGGGGAAAAUGAAGGCAGACGGGUGAGAAUCAUAAGGGAGCGGGUGCAAACGAAUAUUCAUCAGAGUGGCACAAGUUCUCCUAGAGAUGAAGUUGCUGCUGAAACCGGCUCUCAAUCUGAACAAGUGCGUGAUGGUUUGUUGGUCGAUCAUUCACAAAAUGGAGAGAGAAAGGCCUUGCGCAGAAGACUCUGUGGCAGACAAGCUCUCAUUGAUUUAAUGAUGAGGUCUCAGAGGGAAAGGGAAAAAGAACUUCAGGGACUGUUGGAAUGUAAGCCUGUAUCAGACUUUGCCUAUCGCAAUCGGAUUCAGUCAUUACUCAGGGGAAGGUUUCUGCAAAAUGGAAGAUUGACAAAUGGUGAAAGAACUGCUUCAAAUGCAGCGAGUGAGCUGGGCUUACUGAGGCAAAGACAUACUGUGUCUGAUUUAAGGGAAGAAAUUUUGUCCAGAUUGGAUGAUAAUGUGCGUGGUUCUACAAGUAAUAUGCAGCCGUCCUCUGCAAAGGAUGACCCUCAACCAUCUCAAUCAGAUAGUGAACAAGAGGUAAUAGACGAAUGCUAUGAUCAAGCUGAACUUAUUAAUGAAGAGAGAGAGAUGAAUGGGUCUCGUGUGUUAGCGAACUCAGAAAGCACAAUUUGUGAGCAUGUGAAUCGUCAAUAUAACAUUGACCAAAUAGCUGAAACUUCUGAGCAAGCUGGAGGAGAUGAGGAUCACGAGCAAGCCACGUCAAAUUUGGAGUUUUCUAGUAGUUUACCUGAAAUACAAAAUAAUGGCAAUAGAAACUUGGUGGAAAAUGCUGGUAACGGAUGGUUGCCCGAAGCUGCGGCUAUUGAAGGCAGUCUGCGAGGUCAUGUACAAGAUUACCAUGCAACCUUCCAUGACAAUGAUGCACCACAAAGUGAGCCAAGUGAUUCUCAUGAUGUGGUAGAUGGUCAUUUUCGUGAUUUCGAGAGAAAUAUCUUUGAAUAUUAUGACUGGGAAGGUUCAUCAGCUCAAGAAGAGGAGGUGGAGGAAAUUAUUGCAGAGCCUGAAGAAAAUGAUUUGCAGCAAGCGGAAGAGCCAGAAGAAUUUGCAACAGAACUUGAGGAAAGUGAGUCGCGGCCUUUUUAUGCUGAUCAGAAUGAAUGGGUAGAUGAUGUCACAGAAAACAUGGGUGGAGAUGCGCAAGAAGGUGCUCCUAAUCAAUCUUAUCCGGAAAAUUUGGGAAGUGAUAUUGAAGAACAAAACCAUGCACAAGAACCACAUGAUGAGUGGCACGAAGAGGCAAUUGAUGACUGGUUUGACACGCCUUCUGGUCAGGAUGAUGGAUCCAUUGAAAGGGUUGAUACAUUUUAUACACCGGAUGACGACAAUGUUUAUAGUAUUGAACUCCGAGAACUGCUAAGCAGGAGGCGUGUCUCUAAUCUGCUUAAUAGCAGUUUCCGUCAGAGUCUAAACCAGCUAAUACAAUCUUAUGUCGAAAGACAAGGUCAUGCUUCUUUUGACUGGGAUAUGGAUGAAGCAUCCUCAUACCCAUCUGAUGCAGAGCACGAGCAGCAGGAGAAUGUUAUUCGAGAUGGGCCUCAGGAGGGAAAUCCCUUUGCUAUGCUUCCACCUCAAGAGGCACCUUCUCAGUCACAUUGGAAUCAUGAAACCGAGCAUCAGAAUUUGCCUCGCCAAAAUCCACAUCACCCCAUGGGAGAAUUAGAGUGGGAUAUCAUCAAUGAACUGAAGAUUGACAUGGCUAUACUUCACCAGAGGAUGAACGAUAUGCAAAGGAUGCUUCAAACAUGCAUGGAAAUGCAAGUUGAGCUGCAGCGGUCGGUUCGCCAAGAAGUUUCUGCAGCCCUAAAUAGAUGCGCCGGUUCAACAGAUGUGGAUGUUUGUGGGGAUAUUCUGUUGAACGAUGAAUCCAAAUGGGAUAACGUGAGAAAAGGAUUAUGUUGCUUGUGUUGUAAUAACAAUAUAGAUUCAUUAUUGUACAGGUGUGGCCACAUGUGCACAUGUUCAGAAUGUGCAGAAAAAUUGGUCCAUGAAAAAGCGAAGUGUCCAAUGUGUCUUGCACCAGUAGUGGAAGUGAUCCGAGCUUUCUCUAUACAGUAAUUGAUACAUAAUAGAAGAAAAAAGUAGUAGAUAGAAUACCAGAGAGAAGAUAGAUGUUGAAAUAAAGAUUUCUUUAGCACCUGCAGUCUAGUUCCUUUAGUCUUAGAUUUGCACGUCUGAUUCAUUGUGGUAAACAGAAUAAGCGGGUGAAACGUAUCUUUAGUACAAAAUUUCUGUAUAUCGGUGGCUACACGAAUUGGUUGCUUGACACAGCUAACAGGGAAGUCAGAAGUUUUUGUGAUGGCUUUGUUAUGUAAUGAAAUUAUUUGAAUAACCUUAUGCCAGGAGAGAUUGAUGAAGUUGCAACAGUGAUCACUAAGUCUGCUAUGGAGAGCUUGUUGAAGUUAAGUAUUGAAAAUGAUCAAAGAUCUUUCUUGGUCAUACAUCUGUGUGCGCCUGUAACAUUUAAUUGCUCAGCAUGCAAGAUUGCUGUGUGUGGUUAGAUGGAUCUGGAAAUCCCUUACAUCAUACAGAAAAAUUUGCCCAUUUAAUUUACGACCAAGUGGUGAUACAAAUCAUAUUCUUGUACUACCAAUGUAAAGUACAAUAUAACAUUAUACAUUAACUCCACUUAUUGCAAUGAGUUGUAGUCCUUUUAUUUUAUUUUAUAUUAUAUUAUAGUGAACUGAUGAGCUUAAAUGAAGCGAUAUGUAGAAUAAUCCAUGUUAGAUAGUUAUGUGAAUAUAUAUAAUUAGUCUUGC